CUUCCCAAGGCCCAAUCUCCUGUCUCACCCGGGAAAAACAAUCUCACUCCGUUGCAACGUCCCCCCUCCCCCUCGUCCGCCAUGGCGACAUCCAAACCUGCAGUCAUCAUCUGCCAUGGCUCUUACCACAGUCCCGCCCCCUACGAGCCCCUGAUGGAGCACCUUCGCUCGGAAGGGUUCGAGGCAUAUUGUCCCCACCGUCCGACAUGCAACCUCAAGGAGCUAAAUGUGGGCGACGUCGACAACCCUGACUUCAACCGAGGCCCACCUCCCGAGGGGUUUCCUAGUGACACCAAGGACGUAGAUGUGGUAGUCCAGCUACUAAGGGAACUUAUCGGAAAUGGGAAGUACGUCCUUCUCAUGGCGCAUUCAUCGGGUGGCUGGGUCGCAACCCAAGCGGCUAUCCCUGAACUUCAGAGCAAAAAUCGCCGAGCAAAAGGUCAAGCGGGCGGCAUCAUCGGUCUGUUCUAUUUGGGGGCCUUUGUGAUCCCGGUAGGCGAAUCGGUCCACAGUUUCUUCCAACCAAAGGAUGGUCCUCCGGUGACUCCGCCAUUCAUGCGAUUCUACGAACCCGGAGUCUCCGGAGUCGGAACUAUUGUGAACGCAAGGGAAUACUUGUUCAAUGACUUGGAUGCCGAAUCCGCUGACCGGUGGGCGGCCACGCUGACAGCCUCGCCCGUCAUGACCGGCGUGUUGACGAAUGACGCCUACUCCGUCUUACCAUGCGCAUAUCUGGUCCUGGAUAAUGAUCGUACGCUGCCAAAGGACUACCAGGAGGCAAUGAUCGCCCUCCAGACCCAGAGUGGGAAUGUCUUUACUGUUUACCAUGCACCCUCAGGCCAUUCCCCUCAUCUGAGCUGGACGGAGCAUCUGGUCGAAAAGGUCAAGGAAUUUACAGAAGCAAUCACCGGUAUUUCUGUUUCCGCGAUUGCGAAGGAUUAGAUUAAACCCUGCGCGACGGAAAUUAGACAUUUGAGGUACAUGGACAAGUAGUGCAUGAAUCAGAAUGCCCAAACCCACUGUUGGUUCUUUACAUGGAUCAUCCACGCUACUGUGGCCUGGCGCAGACUAAAAGAUACUACGCAGCGAAUGUAGUCUCCGCUAAUCCCGAAUAAGUACGGCUGUGUGCGAAUCAGAC